GUGGUGGGGGGACGCCGGCAGAGCACCGCCACACGACGAGAGCACCGCCACCGCCACGGCACCGGCGAGGAAGGCACCGGGCCCCGGGCACCGGCAGAGUUCAGUUUCAGUCUGCUGCAGACACUUGUUGCUCGCGGACGUCCACGCUCGCCUCCCGGCCCGGACCGGUCCCUCGCCGUAGUCACUCGUACUCGUCAACAUCCUCGCCGGCAGUGAAGUGAUGCCAUCAGUGUCUCAGUGAAACCGUUCAGUGCUUCGCCGCCACACGUUCUGGAUUACGCCUCUCGUCGCCCUUUGGAUACCUUCGCCGUCGCCAUGGUGACCAGCGGAGCCACCGUCGCCGCCCCCGCCGGCACGCCCGUGUCCAUGUCCCAGGCGAUGCCGCCCAGCCCCUGCUCGCCCUCGGACAUGCCCCAGCGCAGAUCCGCCGAGAACCGUCGGAGUAACAAGCCGAUCAUGGAAAAGCGGAGACGAGCACGUAUCAACAACUGCUUGAACGAGCUCAAGACCCUCAUCCUGGACGCCAUGAAAAAAGACCCGGCUCGCCACUCCAAGCUGGAGAAGGCUGACAUCCUGGAGAUGACCGUCAAGCACCUGGAGAACAUGCAGCGCCAGCAGGUGGCCCUGGCCACCGCCACGGACCCCACCGUCAUCAACAAGUACCGCGCCGGCUUCUCGGAGUGCGCCGGCGAGGUGGGCCGCUUCCCCGGCCUGGAGCCCGCCGUCCGCCGCCGCCUGCUGCAGCACCUCGCGGCGUGCCUGGGCAACAACAACAGCACCGCCAGCGUGGAGACCGGCCCCCAGUCGCCGGCCCCCGCCGCGUCGCCCGACUCGCCGCUCCAGCUGCAGUUCGUGUCGUCCGAGACUUCCCCCGGCCAGACGCUGUCCAGCAGCAACGGGUUCUUCUUCUCGACGGGCGCCAACGGCGCGGGCCUGCAGCUCGUCCCCACCAGGCUGCCCAACGGCGACAUCGCGCUCGUGCUGCCGUCGUCGCGCGCCGGCCAGCUGGGCCAGGCCGUGGCGGAGCAGCAGGCCGAGGCCGUCGUCAAGGCGUCCCCGCCGCCCUCGCCCUCCGUGUCGCCGGCGCCCUCCCCGCUGCCCAUGCUGAUCCCCAUCCCCCAGCGCACCGCCUCCACGGCCUCCGCCACCUCCUCCGCGUCGGGCUCCUCCUUCGUGUCCACCUCCACCUCGCCGGCGGCCUUCGACCGCAUGAGCUCGCCGCCGCAGACGCAGCCCCACAACCUGAGCACGGCCGUGCACAUGCACACCAUCGAGCGCGACGGCGGCGCCUCCCCCAUGCCCAUCGCCUUCCCCCCCUCCCCGCUGUCCAACUCGUCCAACUCGUGCGGCUACGACAUGCAGUACACCGAGGAGCACAAGCCCCUGGCCCUCGUCACCAACAGGAAGAAGUACGAGAUGGAGGUGGACGACGACCAGCCCUGCUGGCGGCCCUGGUGAGCGCGCCGUCCGACGCCGUCCCGUCAUCGCCGCCGAACAUGUUCCUGCCUCCCCGCGCACCACUGCACCCGCACCGCGGGCCGCUCCGUACUGACGGUGCAGCGAGGGGGCGAUAUGAAAGACUUCGUUGCUCAGGCUUAUACUGUAUUGACUGUGAUCUCAUUAGUGGAAAUUGAACAUCCCAUGCCAUUUUUGUACUUACUCGAUUUGAGAAUUAAUAUGAUUCCUGACUUGUGUACCUCCUGACGCGCAUGUUUCCAUGUCUCUUGUUUGGGUGCUUCGUUUUGUGUUGAUGUUCAAUUCACUCUAAUAUUGCUGUUAUGUUAAAUGUUAAACAACAUGCAAAUAUAAGGUUAAGUUUAUAUUUUUGCAAAGAGUGAUUUCUAUGUUAGUUUUUUGAACGCUUUAUUUUGUUUGUACAUUAGAAUGUAAAAAUACCAAGUACAAUUCUCGUGCCUUACAACAAGAUUCACAAAGGUCUUCCAAGUUGUACAGUGAUAGUGUUUAUUCAAGAGUUUAUUUAAAGUAUUGCGAUAAAUAUUGUUCUUGGAAAUGUUUUGAUUAAAGCACAUUCCAUUUAAUA